CGAGAAUAGGAAGCCAUCAUCAUUGAUACCCAGAUACGAAUCUCGCACUUGAAGCAUCGACGCUGACGAUAUCGUUGACCGGACCUUGGCUGAACCCUUUCUCUUCGAAAUCGAUAGAUACUCACAAUCCGCCACGAUGCUCGCUCAACGUGUUGGCGUCGCCGCUCUUCGUCAAGGCGCGACCAAGCCCUUCUUCGCCCAGAACAUUCCCAAGGCUGCUCUCGCUGCUGGAAUCUCUACCUCUUCUCCCCUACGCGCUGUCGGUUCUACCAAGGUCUCUCAACAAGACGGCCAUCAGAUCCUCGUCAACCAGCGCCUCAACCGUCCCGUCUCUCCCCAUCUGGCCAUCUACAAGAUCGAGCAGACAUGGUUCGGUAGCUCCGCCUGGAACCGAAUCACCGGCUGCACCCUCUCCGCGACUAUGUACGGUUUCUCCCUCGCCUACCUCGCCGCUCCUCUUGUCGGACUUCACCUCGAGAGCGCAAGCAUCGCCAGCUUCGCCGCCGGUCUCCCCCUCGCUAUCAAGGGUGGUAUCAAGUUCACACUAGGCUUCCCCUUCGUCUAUCACGCCAUCAGCGGCUUCAAGCAUCUCCUGUACGACGCUGGCAAGGGUUUCGCCAAGACGACUAUUAUCCAGGCCGACAAGUACAUCUGGGCUGCCAGUUUCCUCGGCGCCAUUGGCCUGGUUGCUUUCCUGUAAAAUACCAAAACUGAACGGAGAUGAAGGAUAUAGAUGGUAUGGUUCGCAGUGGAUGAUACAAUGGAUAAGGGAAGGAGUAUGGCAAGGAUGAGAAACUCGUGUACGAGUAUUAGCCUGAGGGCAUUCCUGACUUUGAGCAAAGAAUUUUAUUAUCUGUACACAAGCGC